AUGGUUAGAAAAAAGAAAUUUGACAAAAUAACUGCACGAGAGAUGCUUCGACAGCGCGGUAACCAUGUGGCAGCAUAUCUGAAGCUCACUUGUAACUCAGAUUUUGGCUUGCAAUUCAAAGCAAAAAAUCGACCGAGUGACGGCUCAGCACUUAGGAAGCUGUUUGGCUGCCCCUGGAACACUAGCAAGAUCACAGAGACUCAAGCCAAUUUCUCUUCUCUUCUAGGGAUUCUGGGAUGUCCUCAUGCCCCCUACCACCCUGAUCUCGCAGCAUCACCACCACAACACCCACCAACAGUUAUAUCACCAGAAACCACAAGUGAUACGAAGGCAGUUGAUGUGAGAACAGUUACCAGCAUCAUUAGCUCUCAACAUUCUCGGCCUCAUUCCCAUGCCAUCCACAUUACUCAGAGUUCUUUGGCAAGCUGCACAACAGUUGAUCACACCCACAACCUCUCAACUUCAAGAUCCCUUGAUGGAGGAGCCUCACCUUCAUCUGUGUACUCAGUUUCACCAAGCAGCACUCUAAGUUACAUUGGAGGCAAUAUAACUCAGGGACUAACAGAGGCAUCAGAGGACUUUUCUCAAGAAUUUCUAAAUUCUCUUCAGCAAAGUGGUACUACUGCAGCAGAGGGAGCAUCAAACUUAGUGUGUCCUUACUGUGGUAAAGUUAGCCGCUGUCUAAGUCAUCUUCAAACGCACAUUAGAGUUCAUACUGGUGAACGGCCAUAUGCUUGCCAUUACUGCCCUUUCAGGACCACACAGAAGGUUGCUCUAAAAGAGCAUAUCUACACACAUACUGGUGAAAAGCCACAUUCUUGUCCACAUUGUGACUUCAAAUGUGCAAAGAAAUGUAAUUUAAAUUCACAUAUGCGAAGACACCAUGCUUCCCAUUCUGUUGGCCUAAUUUUGCAAGAUUUGGGUAUUUAGUGAGCAAAUUUACUCAUAAACUGUUUGUCAUUUAGAUCUACGGCCACAUGGAGGAACUGAGCAUAAAGUAGAUCAGCUAUAUAAUUUUCAAAGUCUUAAUUUCAGCGAGAUAUAAUUUGGUUCACAGAAUGAAAUAGAUCAGAUCGAUGACAAGCUAGUGCUCUAACCAUUGGUUAGUUCACAGCCUGUCAGUUUUAGCACUGACUUGCCAUAUGUUUAAACUGUAUUCAUUCUGUGAAUUAUUUACAAUUGUGUCAUUAUGAUUUCAUGUGUCACAAGACAUAAUACAAUUUAUAUCUAACAGAUAUAUUGUAUUAGGUCUUAUGUAGAAAAAAUGUAUAUCCAGUAAAAAUAUCUGCACAUCAUUCUCCAACAGGAGGGUUAUUUAUUAAUAAAGUGAUCAUUAUGGACAAAGGUUGAUACUUUAUGGGAAGAGAACACUGGUAUUAUUGUAUAAUAACCUUCCAGAGAGCAGUGACAGUGAUACAUAGUUCAUUUUGAUGAAAGACUUGUUAUAUUGUUAGCAAAACUUUUACAAGCAGAAGUGUGUCUAAAUCUUCUUGGGAGAUAAAAAACAGGUGCCCUUCAUGGAAACAUGGCUAGAGAACACUAGCGGUAUUGUACAGAAUUAAUAGCAACAGCAAAAUUAGUGAUACCACGAUAUAUUUUAUAACAUAACAAAGUCAGCAAUACAGGUUGUGUAGAUGAAAUGACAAGCUACCAGGACUCCUCUCAAUGCUGUGCAAGUGGCCACAGAGUACUAUGCAAGAAAAAGAAUCUUCUUUGGAGACAUGACAAAACGGAAAAUUUAAUUGGCUUGUACUGUUUUAAAGGAAGAAGUGAUCACAAGUUAUGUUGCACUUUCACUGUAAAGGCUAUUUUGUGUUACCUUGUUUCAUCAGACCUAUACGCUGAAUUACAUGUGAAAUUAUAAUUAGAUUGUGUAUACUGUAAAUAGUUUAAUAACUAUGAAUAUGUUUAUGAUUAUGUACUGUAUAUACAAGCAUUAUAUUGUAAAAAUGGGUGCUAAACAAGAUUUUGUUGAACUGUGUAACUAGUCCUAAGUUGCCCAAGAUCUUCACCUAAUUCAGUGGUAAUGUAUAGUACUGUUUUGAUUUAUAGCAUUGUUUAUAGGAUUUUAUUAUUAUAUUUGACAUUUUCUAACAUAAAAAGAACUAAAUUUAUACAUAAGAAGAUGCUUGGGGAAAGGGAGACAAGGUCCCACAUAGGCCACAGUGUAUGUUUUAAAUUUCCUGGUUUUAAAUCAAAGUCAAAGAUUUAUUUCCACAUGAUACAAUGUUUGUAUAGAGAUGGGUGACAUUUAGUAGUGCACGCAGAAAGCCCAUGGUUAUGCAAAGCAUUUCAGACAAGCUUAAAUCUAAUUUACAACUAAAUGGCAAAAAUUAUUAUUUCUUAUAUACCUUCACUGUUAUUAAAAAAUUUGUUAUAGAAUUUCUGCUGUAGGAGCCUUGGAGGACCCACCUGCAGUACAUUAUGCCUUAUUCACAAACCUUAUGCUCAGUAUGGCAACCUCUUUACCUCAUUCUUCAUUUGUUUAUUAUGACCACCAUCAGUUGGGAGCCAGGAAAAAAAAACCUUAGCUCCAGUCACCAUCUUCACAGUGUGGUGUACACACCUCCUCCUCCUCCUCCUCCUCCUCCUAUAUAUCUUAUUUGGCUGAGAGCCCUCCAGUUGCUUUCAAGAUUUCUGGUGAUCUUUUCUGUUACUUCUUGUGUGGUUGGUGACUGUCUCACGACCUGCUGUUUCUGCCUUCCUCUUCUUAAACUGUUGGUCUUCUCAUCGGCAACUGAGUGCACAACUUGCUGUUCCCAUCAACAACUGGGAUUCCUCUGGCUCAGAUUAUCCUGCUUCCAGUGAGGCUCGGUUCUGCUCUCUGAUGUGAUGGCGUUCUUGUUAUUGGCUAUCUUGCAUGCCUCUGCUGUGGCCAGUCACCACUUUCCUUGUUGGGUGCUAUUCCCAGGAGUUGAUCAUCUUGGUAAGAGUGCUUCCUGUUUCUCAGUUUUACUUCUGCUGUCUUCCCAGCCUCUCUUCCUCCAGUUGCUUACCUAUGACUCUCCCUAUUCUGGUGGAUGUCUCUGCUGCCUCUGCCUAUAUUGGGGCAACCCCCUUCUCCCUUUCCUUUGUUUUGCACCUUUGAUCUUUAUUUGUCUCAUCUGGAGAUACAUUGGGAUGCUUUUUUGUGUUCGUGGACUGUCUCCUAGGUGGCCCUGUUCAACACUGUAUUAAACUAUUCUUGACUUCACCUGUGCAGUCUUUCACAUGCUCUUUCUAGCAAUUCCAUUCAGUCCCAUGUGUCACCAUGACUCAGUUCCUUCUCAAGACUGUUUGAAUGUGUUUGGGAAUGGCUAUUUACUCUGUGCCCUCAUUUGAACUUCAUAAAUAUUCCAUAUCUAAUUAGUACUUCUCUGCAAUUGGCCUUGUUGCUGAACGUAGCAGAGGUGUUUUUCUGGGGCACCUUGGAGUGGUUUUUGUGGGUUGUCCUCUACCCUUUACUGCCCAGCUUCACUCCCUCUGUAUCUCACCUGUCUGCUGGUUUGUCUUAUUGAAUGCUGCCUUUUUUUGAGCUGGUAUUUUAGAUGUUGGGGUCAGUGCUCUCUAUGCUCUCUCCUGAAUGCAGGACUAUAUCAUGCCCUGGGGGUCGGUCCUGCUUUGGCCUUUCACCCCAUUCCCUUUCCUAGUCAGAUUUCCCUCCUGCAGACUCACCCAUUUACCAUUUAGCUUGGGGUGCUUUUGGGCUCUUGCCCUCCAUCCUGUUGGGGUGGAAGGGGUCUCCUAGGUAUCUUGUCUUUGUCUUCUAACUGGCUGUAUAUCUCUUGUCUGCAUGGCAUCUCUAUCUCCUUUACCUGGGGCCUCUUAGUUAUUGCCUGCUUGUAUUUCCAUGAGUGUAAUGCUUUUCUGCAGCCUCAGCUUACUUCCAGUUUACUUCCAGGUUAUAUAGCUGUUAAUGAUUCUGUAGAUCAUUGCUUUUAUCAUCCAGACUUAGACAACUUCUCUUGGUUACUGCCCUUUGCCAUCUAGCAGCUUGCCAGAUAAAUGCCAAGCUAAAUGCCAUUACCAGUUGCUAUGCUUAUCAUCCACUCCUGGUCAUCAGUGUGUCAUUCCCAGGUUUCCUCCUUUUUUUUGGGUGGGGGGCAUGUGUGGGUUAUUACCAUUUCAGACUCUCCAUGGGUCUUACUAUGAUCUUAUCUAACCGGAGGCCAUAAAUCACUCAGAUGUUUUGGCUGGAGAAGGUCCAGAAACAACAGACAAAGUCUGCCAUAUUCAGAAUAGUUUAUUAUUGUUAUGGGUCACUGGGUAAGUUGAUUUUGUAUUUAACAAAAUUGUUAAAUCCAAAAUUUUCAUUAUUGUUUCAAAUGUUAAAUACAGCUUCAUCAUUAGAAUUUAACCUCUUCACUCUUGGAAGCCCUGAAGUUAAAAUUACUGACAAUGUAAGAAUUGUUAAAAAAAAAAUUAUCUUGAAAUAGUAAAGAAUCUUUUUCUGAAGAUAAUGAUACCAAAAAUAUGAAAUUUGAUGGAAAAUUUUUGGAAUGACACAAAGGCAAAGUUAGCAGUCUGGGCAUAAUUUAGGCAUUGGCAAUUUCACCAAAUUUGAGUCCUAUUUUAUGUCAAUUUCAUUGAUUAAUCUGACCAAAUUCUUAGCUGUUUUGCUAGUAUACCUUCCGUUCUGUUGAUUGAGCACAAGAAACUACCCAUUCAACUAUCAAAACUAUCUAAUAAUGUGCACAGAAUUUGAUAAUUUGGUCAGUUUUAUUCACAGUUAAAAAAAUACUAAUUUAAAAAUGAGAGUCCAUAAUAAAUAAUGUAGACAUCUUUAGCACUAAAACAUUUUCUCUGUUCAUUAGUCAUAUCCCCAGGCCUCUCCUCUAUAACACUUGCCUUCUGUUUUGAAUUCUUAUUCCCACCAAAUAGAAGAUUUACUCUAUUUCUCAGAUAAAAAAAAAUAUAACCAGGAAAGAUUUCUCACAGUUUUACAACAUCCCAGUUAGUGAUUCAGACCUAUAAAACAAAUGGGGGGGGGAUGUAGGGGAGGCCUUACCUAUCCUCAGGAAAAUCAUCAAAAAUCAAAUAUUACUGCUACUUAGAGAUCAAUUUGCAGCUAUUUCUAUUCCUUAAAUCAACCAAAAUAAUGUUUAUUUAAGUUAUGUUGUUAUUUGAUACCAAUUAACAACCAAUAAAGCCAUGAAAACCAUCCAAGAAAACACCUCAAAGUCGCUAUUUUUAACCAUUCAAUCGGAGUUUUGAUUUUCCCCAUCAUUCACCAUGUGGGGCAGGAUAUUUUUAUGCUGUGUGUACUCAUUGCAGACCCAUUCUCUCAGAUCUAGUCCCAAAUUUAUCAUUCACAGUUUAUCUGAGUGAGCUGAGCUCAUGACAUAGAACUCAAUGACAUGUUUCUACAUGAUAGCCACUGAGAGGGUUAAUAUGUUAAAUCAAGGUUUCACUGUAUUCAUACAUGUUUGGGUAUGUAUAUACUGUAUAUUCAGUUAGAGUAUGUACAGUUUACUUAGCUUAAAACUGAUGUCAGAAUUUACUUGUUUAUAAUAGAAGUAUUCAGGAAAUUUUGUAAUGUACUUUAUAUGGUGUUUAAACUGAACAUAAAAAACACUUAAUCUCCCUAAACAUAAUGUUACUAAGAAAUCAGUUAUUAUUUAAUUUCUUUAUAAAUGAUCCUUAGUUGAGAAUUAUUCAACUUGUUUAAAUAGUUUGUUUCCAAAUACGAAGUCAUGAGUGAAAGAUACAAUACUGUAAAUUUUCACUGUAAGUUUUUGUAAUGUUCAUUCUUGUACAUAGUAAACCUUUCAUGAAAUAAU